AUGCAAAAUUCCAUUUUAAUUAAUGAAUUAAAUGCCAGAGAAAAAGUAAAUUUUCAGCAAUACAUAAGCCAAAACCAGUCGAGGUUUAUAAUAAAUUGGCCUAAGAUACAGUUCCCAAAAGAGAUUUACUCAUUUAAUGGCUAAUAUAAGUAUAAAAAUGUGAUAUCAUUCAAAAAGAAUACUUUCUAACAUAAGAUUUCUCUCAAAACAAUUGAAUUAGCUGUUUUGUAUAUUGAUAUCUAUCUGAAUGCGAAAAAUAUCUCGGAAUAAAAAUUCCAACUUCUAGCAAUAUGUUCUUUCAAUUUGGCUGCAAAAUUCAACUAAAAAGGAAUAACUUAAUAAACAAAGAUCUUAGAUUCAAAUGGUAUAGGAAUAUAUCAAGAUCAUGAAUAUGACGAAAUGGAAAUUGAACUGCUUUAAGCUAUGUAAUUUUAAUUGAAUUUUAUCACUUCUUCAGAUUACGCAGAACUCAUAGGACUAAAUCUAUAGGAUGAAAAAAUCAAGUCUUAUUUUCUAUUUAUAUUAGUAGGUAUUCAAAUAAGAAUAAAAAUAGAUUUUUAAAUUUAUAAAUAUUAGCAUCUAGAAUUAGCUUUAGCAAUUCUUUUUCUAUCUGAUGAGAAUGCACAUUAACUACAACCAAGAAUUCUUUAAAUAUCAAAAGUUAUUCAAGAUUCUGUUAAUCAAUAUGAAAAAAUGUAUGAAAAGGAAAACUAAGGUGAAGAAUAAUGUUAAUCUAAUUUGAAUAAGAGUAGAAGGAUUAAAAGAAUGAAGCCUAUAAGAAAAUUAUUGUCAAAAUAAGUUAAAUAAAAGUUGAGACAGAAAUAUUGA